CACACAGGCUAACUGACGGCUCGUCCCAAGUUUUACCAGGUCCACCUUCUUCCUUCCUUUCUUCUUUCUUGUUUCUCUCUCUAGAUCACAAACAAACCAAACACUGUUUGCUUCCUGAUUCCGUCAUUUCAUUCCACGCGGACUGCAUUUCCUGAUCCAACUGGAUUCGGAUCCACUAUCAAACCGCCUGAUUCUACUCACACAAUCACUCUUCACUUGGAUCUGAUCUCCCUUCACCGAAUAUGGCGUUGUCCGGCAUGAGAGGUCUCUCCGUCUUCAUCUCCGAAAUUCGUAACUGCCAGAACAAAGAGCAAGAACGUCUUCGUGUUGAUAAAGAGCUCGGCAAUAUCCGCACUCGUUUCAAAAACGAAAAGGGGUUAACACCAUACGAGAAGAAGAAAUAUGUCUGGAAAAUGCUUUACAUAUUUAUGCUGGGAUAUGAUGUGGAUUUUGGGCAUAUGGAAGCUGUUUCUUUAAUAUCUGCACCAAAAUACCCAGAAAAGCAGGUUGGGUAUUUAGUGACAUCUUGCUUGCUCAAUGAGAAUCAUGACUUUUUAAGAUUAGCAAUCAAUACAGUUCGUAAUGAUAUUAUUGGCCGCAACGAAACGUUUCAGUGUUUGGCAUUAACACUGGUUGGGAAUAUAGGUGGUAGAGAAUUUGCUGAAUCGCUAGCACCUGAUGUUCAAAAGUUACUUAUCUCAAGUAGUUGCAGACCACUGGUGAAAAAGAAGGCUGCACUUUGUCUCCUUCGGCUUGUUAGAAAAAACCCUGAUGUUGUCAAUGUUGAUGGCUGGUCAGACCGAAUGGCACAAUUAUUAGAUGAGCGCAAUGUUGGCGUUUUAACAUCAUCGAUGAGCCUGUUUGUUUCUUUAGUGUCUAAUAACCAUGAAGCGUACUGGAGUUGUUUACCAAAAUGUGUUAAAGUAUUGGAAAGACUUGCUAGAAAUCAAGAUGUACCUCAAGAAUAUACAUAUUAUGGUAUUCCUUCACCCUGGCUUCAGGUGAAAACACUGAGGGCCCUUCAAUAUUUCCCAACAAUUGAAGAUCCAAACACAAGAAGAGCAUUGUUUGAGGUUCUACAACGAGUACUCAUGGGAACAGAUGUUGUGAAAAAUGUUAAUAAGAACAACGCAUCUCACGCUGUCUUAUUUGAAGCUCUUGCUCUAGUAAUGCAUCUUGAUGCCGAAAAAGAGAUGAUGUCACAAUGUGUAGCUUUGCUUGGGAAAUUUAUCGCCGUUCGUGAGCCGAAUAUCCGCUAUCUUGGUCUAGAGAAUAUGACUCGAAUGCUGAUGGUUACAGAUGUUCAGGACAUUAUUAAGAGACAUCAAGCUCAAAUUAUUACCUCACUGAAAGAUCCUGACAUCAGCAUACGGAGACGUGCGCUGGAUCUACUUUAUGCUAUGUGUGAUACUUCAAAUGCUAAAGACAUUGUUGAAGAAUUAUUACAGUAUCUCGGAACAGCAGAAUUCGCAAUGCGUGAAGAGCUGGCACUAAAAGCUGCUAUUCUUGCAGAGAAAUUUGCCCCUGAUUUAUCAUGGUAUGUGGAUGUUAUUCUUCAGUUGAUUGACAAAGCAGGAGACUUUGUCAGUGAUGAUAUUUGGUUUCGUGUCGUGCAAUUUGUAACUAACAAUGAAGACCUCCAGCCUUAUGCAGCCUUGAAAGCUAGAGAGUAUCUCGAUAAGCCUGCAAUACACGAGACAAUGAUGAAGGUUAGUGCGUAUCUGCUUGGAGAAUACAGCCACCUUUUGGCCAGAAGACCCGGGUGUAGUCCAAAGGAAAUAUUCGGCAUCAUACACGAGAAGCUUCCUACCGUCUCGACACCUACGAUUUCCAUUCUUCUCUCAACGUAUGCAAAAAUUUUAAUGCACUCACAACCACCAGAUCCGGAACUGCAAAAUCAGAUUUGGGCAAUAUUCAGCAAAUAUGAAACGAGCAUUGAUGCUGAGAUACAACAACGAGCUGUCGAGUAUUUUACAUUGAGUAAGAAAGGUGCAGCCCUGAUGGAUAUAUUAGCAGAAAUGCCCAAGUUCCCUGAGCGUGAGUCAUCAUUGAUUAAAAAAGCCGAAGACACUGAAGCUGACACAGCAGAGCUAAGUGCUAUCAAGUCGCGGGCCCAACAGCAGGCUUCUAAUGCCCUGGUGGUGACAGGUCAGCAGCCUACAAAUGAACCGCUACAAGUGACCCAACUUGGAAUGGUCAAGAUCCCUAGCAUCAACAUGGAAAAUAAUCACGUGGACCAAGAAGUGGCCCAAACGAAUGGGAUUACGGGUGACGUUGAGCCACAAAAUGCUGAUAUUCUUGGAGAUCUUUUAAGCCCACUGGCUAUUGAAGGCCCACCAGGUGUUUCUGGGACCGAAACCCUAAGUGAAGAUGGUGCAUUAGCUCUUGCACCUGUUGGAGAGCAGGAAAAUGCUAUCAAGCCGAUAGUAGAUAUCGUAGAAAGAUUCCAUGCCUUAUGUGUCAAUGAUAGUGGAGUUCUAUAUGAGGAUCCUUAUGUCCAGAUUGGUAUCAAAGCAGAGUGGCGAGGUCAUCAAGGCCGACUCGUUCUCUUCUUGGGGAACAAAACGACUUCUUCACUUGAUGCGGUUCAAGCGGUGAUUCUGCCGCCAUCCCAUAUGAAGUUGGAGCUUUCAUCGGUACCUGAAAUUAUUCCUCCACGGUCACAGGUUCAAUGUCCACUUGAAGUGGUAAAUCUUCGCCCGAGUAGGGAUGUUGCGGUUCUUGAUUUCUCAUACAAGUUUGGAACCAACUUGGUUGAUAAUAAGCUUCGCAUUCCUGCAGUCUUGAACAAGUUUUUUCAGCCGAUAACGUUAUCUGCAGAGGAGUUUUUCCCACAGUGGAGAUCACUUGCUGCACCUCCUUUGAAACUUCAAGAAGUGGUUAGAGGCGUAAGACCGAUGUCCUUGGGAGAAAUGGCAAAUUUAUUGAACAGUUUGAGGCUUAUUGUUUCCCCUGGACUGGAUCCAAAUGCAAAUAAUUUAGUUGCAAGCACAACCUUCUAUUCCGAAAGUACACGGUCCAUGUUAUGUCUGGUACGAAUAGAAACUGAUCCAGCCGACAGAACCCAAUUACGCAUGACAGUGGCAUCAGGGGACCCCACACUAACAUUGGAGUUGAAGGAAUUCAUCAAGGAACAAUUAAUUAGCAUCCCCACAGCCUCUAAACCGCCCGUGCCUCAACAACCUCAACCAACUACUCAACCGAUUUCAUCGUCAGAUCCUGGUGCUUUACUUGCUGGCUUGCUUUGAAAAGCCUUCAAAAUAAUAUCUUCGAAUACAUGUCCAUGGACACAAAAAGGGAAAAAAAGUUGUAGAAUUGUUAUUGCCAUGACAUAUUGCAAGAGUUGUAGCUCUGUUGGGAUGGCGGGGCGGGAACAUUUUGAAUAUUUUUUUGUUGAAAAGUUAAGAGAUUGUAUCUUGGUAGGUCGGGUUCGGUUAUUUUGCUCAUUCUUGGUGAGGGGGUUUACUUUGGGUUUUAAAUUCUUUGAAACAUUUACAUCGUCUAUAGGAGGUUGCGGGAUGGUGUAAUAUGGGAUAGAAGUGAAGUUGUAUGUAAGCUUAUUUGUUUUGUUUGGCAGUGCACAUAUAUACAUACAUAUGUAAUUUUUAUUGACAUUUUUGGAUAAGAGAUUCCAUGUUUUUCUCAUGUAAAAAACUAUCAAAUUUCA